AUAGAAGACAACACGAGGAAUGUGCAGACAGACGGCUAUAAGAGCUCCACCGGUUGGUGACAGCCACUGACUUCUGACUCAGUAUGUGUGAAGGAAUAUGUGCCGUCUUUUCUGACAACAACAGCUAAUUUCAACCAAAUAUAUGAGGAGAGAUAGAUUUCGACACAGUUUCAUUCAAUGAUGUGAUUUGGAGAACAGAGAAGGAAGAAGUAAAAAAAAAAGGAAGUUCAUCAUGUCAACCAAAGUUUCAAAGAGGCUGAGCAGCAAAAGGAAAAAGCCUCCAAAGAAUAAAUCCGACGUUCUAAUCCAACUUGGUCUGGAGGAUUUCUAUCCUUCCCAAUUGGAACUAGCAUCGAUAUUGGACCUCAGUACCUGGAUCCUGGACAACCUAACACCCCGAGAAACCAAUGAUCUGCCCAAAUCUUUCUUUCAAAGGCUGUGGCUGCUUCGCCCAGAUGCUCGGAGUACUUGCUACAAGCCCAUCUCAGGCAUAAUGGACAGUCCUGGUGAGAGGGUUGAUUCCAAAGGAUUACGCUCCUGUUCCAUCAAUCCUCUUGAUCUAGUGACAGCUGUCUUUAUAUGUGCCAACACUUUCCUUCAGCAAGAGAUCACAGCACAUAUGCUGCAAUGCCAGUUUGCCGUACCCCUGAUUCUUCCGCAUGUCGAUGACGAAGAAUCAAGCAGCUUCCUCCUUUGGCCCUUGAGAGGUGUCGUGAGACAAUGGCAACCCCAGUCUGUAGAUAGUCAUCAAAAAAUCCAAGAAGCUGUUUUGGCGAGCACCUCCAUGCCAAUGAUCUCGUGUGCGAGGCUUGGUCCCUGCAGUGUCUCAAAGUCUGAGGUGCUAAAUCACGUCUUCGGCAGUGAAACAUUCAUCCACAAAGGAAUGGAAGGAGGACAACUACCACGAAGCCUCUCCAACGGUCUCGUGGAAACUGCAUGGUAUCUUCCGACUGGAGACCCAAACAGAGACAUUUUCCCGGUUCCAGUGGUGUUCUCUAACCUUCGGGGAGAUGCAAGUACGCAUGAGAAAUGCUUCUCCCUUCUCAGCCAAGCAUCUUCCGUGGUUAUUUUUUUCUGUCGCAAUCCAAAGCAGAAAGAGAAGCAACUUCUCGCCUAUUGCAAAGAUAUGACUGCCAAGCUCAUUUUGAUUGACCUCUCAGAGGCCGAGACUAUGGAGGACAGAGUGGUGAAGUUCGUCGAAAAGAACCUACCGGAGGCGAUAGGUCAUCCAGAUGCAUCAAUUGUGUCAGGGAGAGCUUUGAAGGCAGAGAACCUUGCGAAUGUACUUUGCGAUACCGUCAAACAUUUGCUGCCAGACCUGAAACUUGUGACACUCGAAGGAGCAGCAAAGUUAGCAGUGGAGUUGGGAGUUCAUUGCGAUGAAGGGACAGUCUGUAAAAAAUCAAUGCACAUGGCAGAGGAAGUUCUGAAAGGUUUGCAUGAGGGAUCUGCUGUGUUUAGGCAGAAACAGCUGCCACUGCAAAGUAGCAUAUGGAGCAGGUUGACUGAAAUUGAGAAAGAGGAAAGUCGAAAGAAGAAAGAGGGGAAUGAGUUUGACCCUCGAUUACAAAAUGAGAGAAAAGACAUCCUGGGCAGUUUGAGCAGAUACAAAAAGACUCCAUCUAUGAAGAAUUUCACAAAUGCUGUUUCAACCACAGACAAAGCGGAGAGGAUGUAUUUCCUCAGUUGGAUGAGGGUGAAACUCAGACUGCUGCAAAUGCAAAGACAAAUCGACCUUAAAGAUCUACUGAUAAAUCAGCACACAAAAGACAACAACGGCAUUUUUGAACAAUCAGAGCUUCAGAAUGUAGCCAAUGAUGCCAGGGAUGAUAGCGAUAGUUUUUGCACAGAUUCAACGUUUGAGGAUGGCACAAUAGAGCAGCUUGCAGAUAACGAGCAGGAGGUCACACAUUCAGGGAAUGACGUAAAUUUAAAGCCCAUUUUUCAAACGCAAAGCAAUGAAAGAUCACAGACUCUGCUAAGUGGACAUUUUCACUCAAAUGAAAAAGAGAUCAAAGGUGAAGAGAUUUUUGAAAAUAACGGAUCUUUUAACCAAGCUGUGAGAGAAAAUGGAAAGCUAGAUGUUUACGAGAAAGAAUUUGAUAAAUCAAUGUUUCACAAGACUUUUGCAAAAGAACAAACGUCCCACAAUGUGGUUACCGAAGGUCAAUCAGCAGCAUCUGUGCAUUCAUGUCUGCUUCGGCUUAGUCUGAGACAACACACAGAUAAUCAUCUGGAGGUCACCAAUUCAGAGAGUUUGAAGCACAGUUUUCAAAACGGAAUUCAUGAAGGAACAGAAUCUCUGGAAACGGAAAAUGUUUUCCCACCAGAUGAAGAAGAGAUCCUCGGUGAAGAUUUACUUGAACGUAAUGUUUCUUUAAACUCAGUGGUCUUGCAAAAUGGAACCUCACAGGUUCAAGGGACUGGCUUCAGUGCAUUAACAUUUAAGGAGCCUUCUUCGAGGAAAGAACAAAGGUGCCAGGAUGCAUCUGAUGGAGGUCGGACAUCUACAUCUGCACAGUCAUUUUUGCUGCGAUUCAAGCAGCGUACUGUCAAUGAUCUGAAGGUCGCUGAUCCGGACAGUGACCAAGGUUUUCAACCCCUAAACAAGGAAAGAUCAGAAACUCUACAAAAUAGAUAUUUCAACUCCAAAAAUCAGGAGGAGUUCCCAAGUGAAGAAAUUCUUAAAAAUAAUCUCAGAGUUGCCAAUUCAGAGGGCGAGGUAGGCAUGAAGCACAUUUUUCAAAGCACAAAUAAUGAAGAAUCAAAAUCUCUGCAAAAUGGACAUUUUGAUUCCAAAAAACAAGAGUUCCUGGCUGAAAGGAGUCUGAAAGAUAUUUUUUCUUCAAACCCAGUGUUGCGCGAAAAGGCACCCUUCAAGGUUGAUGGGAAUGACUUCACUGAUUCAGUCUUUCGGGCGACUUCUCCUGAAGAACAACCACAUCAAAAUCCCUCAGUUAAAGCUCAGGCUGUAACAUCUGCACAGCCAUUUUUGCCAGAGCUUGAGCAGUUUACAGAUAGUGAUCUUGAGUUUACCGAUUCGGAGAGUGAAGUAGGUUUGAAGUACAUUCCUCAGCGCACAGACAAUGAGGACUCAGAGUCUCUGCAAAAUGGGCAUUUCGACUCCUCAAAUGAAGAAGAGACAUCCAUCGAAACGAUACUCGAAGAGAAAAAAUUUUGGGACCCAGUUUUUGGAGAUAAUGGAACGGAUAAGAUUCAUAUAAAUGACUUCUGUGCAGCGACCGAUCAGGAGACAUAUUCUGUACAAGAACAGACACAAGCCGCAUCUGUCGGAGCUCCGGUAGCAAAAUCGACACAACCAUUUUUGUUAGGACUUGAGCACUUUCUGCGUGAGAUAGGCCUCAUUUUUGAACUCACCCACAUCACCCCUGGUAGUGGGAGUCAUAAUGUGCUCCAACUCCCGAGUGUUGCUGCUGACUUGAUUCUCAGUGGCAUUCCGCUUGAACUCAUGGAUGGAGUUGCUUCUAAUAUUCCCAUGCGCUGGCUUGGCAGUGUUCUUGCAGAAAUCAAACAUCGUUUUCCUGGAGACCGCUUGAAGGUUCUGACUUGUGUUGGAGUGCAUCACGCAAGGAAUGCCGAGAUCCUUUCGGCAUUAUUUGGGGUGAAAUUUCCAGACGGAUGUCAAAGAUCAACAAGAGGGGUGUACAUGAUUGCCUUACAACUACCGCCGAAGUUGAAGAAGAAGCUAAACUGCGAUUUUCUCCUACUGAUUGACGUAGAGGGUCUCUGCUCUCCUCCACCAGACCGUCAAAUAAGCACUCAGGUCACUGAUAAUGAAAUGGCAACUGUUGCAGCCGGAAUGAGUGAUGUUUUAAUGCAAAACCUCUACUCACGUACAGCUUCUGAGCUUGAGACAAGCCUCACAGUUGCAGUCAAUGCUCUUUUGCGCAUCAGAGAAUGUGGCUCCAUGCCCAUUUGCAAAGUUUUCGUCCAGGAUGAAGGUAUCAACGCUAUAUUAGAAGCCACACAGUUAAAACGUGUAUCCGACAUUCUGCAGACUGAGACUAAGAAUGGAGAAAGAACCCAUAGAGAUGCUGAGACAAUGAUUCCUGAGUCAAAUAAAAAUAACUCUAUUCUCUAUGUUAGACCAUGGUACACCGAGCCCCUCUCAAAAUCAGUUGACACUCAGCAUAGUGAGGCUAUGCUGAAGUUAAAGUGCACCCUAUUUGGCGCACUGAAGGAGGCAGCCACUCGGUCAAAACCAUGUGGUUGGCUUGAAUUUAUGGGCCGUUUGUGUUCUGUUUGGGAGGCCGUAAAAGCAGAAUCCUUUUCUGUUAGUCUGCAAAAUAAAGACAUCGCUUUGGUCUUUUCUAUGUUUUGCACUGAGCUUUUUCAAUGGGAGGACAGUUUGCUGGAACACAUGGAAUGCUGGCUAACACAAGCAACCAAGACAAUCUAUUCCACCGAGCCAGAUGCUUUGGAUCCAGCCAGCCAGAACGACUUUCUGUGUGAACUAAAGUAUGAAGCGAGAAGAGAGGUCAAAAGGGAAAUAAACAAACAAAAGUCACGGGUGAAGGCCAGCUUGAGGGAAAACAAGUUCGAUGUGUCCAUGAAGGUACUCCAAACUAUCCUUCUGAAGAAUAUGAUGGACCUGGAAGAACAAGUAACUACAAUGACAAUAAAAAGGCUGGAAAUAACGAAUGAGAACCAUUUUUCUUCCACUCAGCUCAACAGAAUGGAAACCACACUGAAAAUGGAAGAAAAUGACAAGCUUCAGGCACUUUUAGACAGCGGAGAAUCUGAAAACCAGCUCGUUAAAGAUGACGCGCUAGAAGAGGAAUUUGAGGGUGUGUGGAAGGAGGCAUUGUCCAAAUGUGACUUCAGGCCUUCAGAAACAGAUGAUAUUACCACAAGGGUGAUGAACAUUCUCGCGGCGAACCUCAAAAGCCGCGGUCUCCAAAAGCACCUGAAUAAGCUUUCGGCUUUUGGCCAAAAUCAAACUACGAUCUUUAGAGUGCACGAUGAGUACUUUGGUUACAGCAGCAGAAUGAAAAACCUGUUUGAAAGCAACAACAAAUCACCAAAGAGUAAAGCUCAGAAACUUGCAUGUAACGUCAUGGAGCAUUACCAGCAGUUUGUCUUGGAAAAGGUCAGUUUACCAGGAGACUUCUCCGACAGUUAUAUCACAGAACUGUUAGAGAUGAUUGAUAAAACCUUGAAAGAGGCGCAAUUGGAAAUCAGAGCAGCCUUUGAGGUGGAUCUGAAAGUCUUCGUAUGUAACGCUGCAUGCAGAGACUUCCAAAAAGUCCACAAUCGCUUCGCCAAGGAUGGAGAUCUUCUGAAGUCUUUUAAAGCCAAAAAGAGCACGUUCAUGGCGGAUUUCGUAUAUCAGUACAGGAAGAGACACCAGCGCCAGAGGUUGGCUCAUAGGUUCAUUUCUGACAUCAUCCAACCCACAGUGAUGGACUAUGUCUAUCAACCACUCGGCAUGCAAAUCGCAGACGAGAUCCAAUGUAAGGCCCCACAAUAUCUCUCCCCACAGGCCUUCCACAAGAGUUUGCUAGAAGAUCUCAUCAAGGAAGACAGUUUUGAAAGCUUCGUGGAAUACUUGCUUUCUUACGACAGCUUCAGGCUAAGGAAAAUCCAGGAGACGGUACGAGCUUACUUGUCAGAUUGGAAUAUGAAUGCAUGGAGGCAACAGCGCCUAGGAGACAUCGUCGGAAAGGUGGCAGCAGCUGUGAGCCAAGUAACAGUAGGCACCGGCGCAGUGUUGACUGACACCAAGCCGAUGCUGAAGCAAGUGUGUCUCAUUCUGGAGGACGGAGAUGCAUGUAUCCCCUGGGAGGCUCUGGAUGGACCGCUCUACAGUAUCACCACGGAAUGGGAUCGCUUUAUCACAUGUUUCAUGGAGUUGCUAGCAGCAUUGCGCUUGGAGCUUGCCCAGGCUUUCUCCCAACAGAUGGGGAGCGACCAACUAUUGGAGUGCCUUCCCACUCAACCAAGAGACUGCCUUUUCAACAAAGUAAAAGGCUGUGAUGCCCGAUGUCCGGUGUGCGGUGCACCUUGUGAAGUACAACAAACUGGACAUCAGUUUCACGAGGCCUCGCUCCACAGGCCCAAAUACAUGCUGGGGCCCACUUCUCUGACUACGCCUGAGAGGACAAACCCUGAUGAGCUGGACCCAGCAGAGGUCCUUUUGGCUUGCUGGGAACUCCAGCCCCUCCACCCAGACUGGAAUCAUCCAACCAAAGAACCAAGCAGCCAGACACCCAUUCCUUACUGGAGGUAUGUGUUAGCAAGAUUUAAUGAGAGGUUUGCAAAGAAAUACAACCAGAAGCCAUCGGUGAUCCCAGAAGAGUGGAAGGCAAUUACACAAGGGGAGGCCUUGGACAGUUUGGAGGACAACUUCCUUCUCAGCGGACAGGACUGAAAACCAUCUCUGUGGAACACAUCCAAUGCAUUCUGUACUAGUAUUGUCACUGCUGGUAUUUGAAAUGUAUUAUUUCUCUUCAUUUGUCUGUGUUGUAGACAAACAGACUCAAGUUUGCUUGUCAUUGCACAGCGACGUAAGUGGGUGGUGGUGGUGUGAGUGAAAAUCUAUUAAAUCAACCCGCAAGACAACAUCUUUUCUUCAAGUUCUUAAAAAAACGUUUAUGUGUCACCUACACACAAAAAAAA